UGCAUCCACUGAGAAUUGGGUAACGGAAAGACCUACGCAGAGGAGCGCGCAGGAUGAUGAUGUCAUGCUCUUCCGCACAUGUGUCUGCUGUAAACACAUGUCUGUAGUUUUUUAAGCUCCUGUCUGAAGUAAGGCGACCCUUCUGAAUAAAGUGUGUGGAUCCAGCAGACAUGAAGGAGGACGUGGGAAGACUUUUAAUUCAAUUUAAAAAUGAAAACGGAGAGGGUCUGGGAACACCUUUUGAUGUUCCUUUGGAUAUAACACCAGAUAAACUGCAGUUAGUGUGCAAUGCCCUUUUACAGGAGGAGGAUCCAGUGCCUUUGGCCUUUUUUGUCCAAGAUCUGGAAAUCGUAACAUCUCUGGAUAAGACGUUGGAGAAGCAAUCAGUUGAAACAGAAAAAGUGAUAGACAUAAUCUAUCAGCCACAAGCUGUGUUCAAAGUUCGUGCUGUAACACGAUGUACCAGCUCAUUGGAGGGACACACCGAGGCUGUUAUUUCAGUAGCCUUCAGCCCAACUGGAAAGUAUUUGGCAAGUGGUUCUGGGGACACUACAGUCCGCUUUUGGGAUCUCAGCACAGAAACUCCACAUUUUACAUCUAAAGGGCAUACACACUGGGUUCUCAGUAUUGCUUGGUCUCCAGAUGGCAAAAAACUUGCCUCAGGAUGUAAAAAUAGUCAGAUCUUCAUUUGGGACCCAAGCACAGGGAAGCAGAUUGGCAAACCAUUAACAGGGCACUCAAAGUGGAUUACAUGGCUGUGUUGGGAACCUCUCCACCUGAACCCAGAGAGCCGAUACCUAGCCAGUGCCUCCAAAGAUUGUACUAUCCGUAUCUGGGAUACAGUUAUGGGCCAGUGUCAGAAGAUCCUUACUAGCCACACGCAGUCAGUUACUGCAGUAAAAUGGGGUGGUGAUGGACUCCUUUAUUCUUCCUCACAAGACAGGACAAUAAAAGCCUGGAGAGCACAGGAUGGAGUCCUUUGCAGAACAUUGCAAGGUCAUGCACACUGGGUUAACACAAUGGCACUCAGUACAGACUAUGUGCUCCGCACAGGGGCUUUUAAUCCAGCUGAUGCUUCUGUAAAUCCACAGGACAUGAGUGGCUCAUUGGAAGUUUUGAAGGAGAAAGCCUUGAAAAGAUACAAUGAAGUCCGGGGCCAAGGUCCUGAGAGACUGGUGUCAGGUUCUGAUGACUUCACGCUGUUUCUAUGGGCCCCAGCAGAGGAAAAGAAGCCCUUGCAGAGGAUGACUGGACAUCAAGCCCUGAUUAAUGAAGUUCUCUUUUCUCCUGACACAAGGAUCAUUGCUAGUGCAUCUUUUGACAAAUCAAUCAAGCUUUGGGAUGGUAAAACUGGAAAAUUCUUGACAUCCUUACGAGGCCAUGUGUCAGCGGUUUAUCAGAUAGCUUGGUCGGCAGACAGCAGACUUUUGGUCAGUGGGAGCAGCGAUAGUACACUUAAAGUUUGGGAUUCGAAGACCAAGAAGCUUUUGAUAGACCUCCCAGGCCAUGCAGAUGAGGUAUAUUCUGUUGACUGGAGUCCUGAUGGACAGAGAGUAGCCAGUGGAGGGAAAGAUAAGUGCCUAAGGAUAUGGAGGAAGUGAGGAGACAACAAAAUAUCACCAGCAGAAAUCUUGAAAAUCAAGGCCACAGAUUGACUAUUUCUAUCCUGUAGAAGGGCGGUGGAUCCUGUGCAUGGUCUGUUCCAACACGACCCAAGGAAAAAAUAUUUUUACAAAUACUUACAAUCUGAUGCUUUAGCCUCGCAGGCCAAUUUAGCAAGGUCUAAGAUGUCUUGUUUCCUGCAGUAUAUUUAAAAACAUACAUGUUAUUUAUAUAUUGCUCUCUGAUGACUGAUGAAUGAAUAAUAAAACAAUACGUUUCAAGAGAUAUUUUAAAACUUAAUUGACGAUUUAAUACAAAAAAAGGACAAAAUGUCUUUCUUGGCUUUAUAUAACAAAAAUAUUCAAUGGCAAGAAGGAAAGGUAUACUCACCGGGAGGAUCGAUUGUAUUUCUUGAUUUCUGAAUUAUUUUGGUUUUGCUCUGCAGCUGUCCAGUUUGGAAUUUCUAUGGCUGGUUGUAACUUUAGCAGACAAGCAGCAGUUUAGAAGUCAGAGGGCCUGUUUACUCAUCUUUCAUUCUAAGCAAUAAAACAAUACAAAUGUAGCUGUGCAGAUCACCAGUAUUUGUUUACUGGGGUCAGUGACCUUAAUUGCCAGGUAUUCUUUUAAAUUGCAUGAUUGAAAUCAUCAUAUUUUGAAUGGUAAUCAUUUUGAAAAAUAGAAAUUGAAGAUCCACUAAAGGGUUGCUAAGUAUAGGUCACUUAAGGACACAUUAAAUAUCAAUUUCAACUUUUCUUUUCUUUUUCUCUCUUUAAUUACAUAGCCAACUAGAGAGAUUGUUUAAUUGCAGCAUAAUUGUAUAUUAUAGGAAUUCUUUUACAAGAAUUUCCUUUUUUUCUCAAAAGCAUCAGUUAAAGGACAUGUAAAGCCUACAUUUUCCUACCAUGUAUAUAAGUUGGGCAUAGCUUUCCCUCCCAAGCCACAUCAUCUGUACUGCAUACACCAGCACCAUCACAUUUUGCUAAUACAAAUAGCAGCUUUUAUCUGGCGGCCAUUUUCCUUCUGACAUAUAUUCAGUAACAUUGACAUCAGCAAACAGGACAUGUAUGCUGUAAAGUUCAUGCAAUGCACAAUCUAGGUUUACACAGGCAGUGCUGCUGGGGUUGAGCACUGUAAUGGUUAAGCUGAGCUCAGUGGAGGUGGUUAGGAGACAAAAUAGGAUCAGACCGCUAGAGUUUCUAUGGUAACCAGCAAUACUAUCUCUUCAUUGGCUGUUAGACUGAAGGGGGUGUGUUUAGUAAUCUGAGCUGAGAAGAACUGAGCAUGCUCAUAAGUUAACAGCCAAAGCAAAUUCCUGAGGGAGGGGGUUAUAGGAGGAGAAGAAUUUCUAAGUGAUCAAGGAGAUGCUAAAGCCUUACUGUUAACCUUUUAAUAACCAGAGUGGCAGUUAUCUAAAGGCUUCAAAGAGGUUGUUCACUAAUUUAAAAAAAAUAAUAAUAAUUUAGACAUGCUUCCCAGGUGCUCAGUCAUGUGACUUGUGCUUUGAUGAACAACAGUCUCUCUUUACUACUGCACUGUAAGUUGGAGUGAUAGCACCCCCCAGUAGCCCAUCAGCAGAGCAAUGACACUUGAAUUGCUAGGUGUAGAUGUGAGAAAAGCACUUAAUAGUAAAAUGCCAAGUCCCACCAUGACUCCUUCAAUUAUACACAGUAGGAGAAACAAUAGCUUAUCUGAAAGCAGUUACAUUAUGAAGUGUUGUUUUUUUUUUCCUGAAAGCACAGGAUCAGGCACAAUGACAUAGAUUGCAGCUCCGCACACCAGUGUUACAACUAAAAAAAUGCAUUUGUUGGUUCAGGAGUUAAUUAUUUGUAAUGUAAACAGUGUAUUUCAUGAAUAAAAACGGCUCCAUAAAAA